UUGGAUCCUGCCAGUAUACUUUUCGAUAACAAUACCUUGGAAGAUCAGUUGGAUCCAACAGAUGCUAAAUUCGUUCAAGUGAUCCACACUGAUGGAAACGCCUUAGGAAAAAAUGCAAAUAUAGGAGACGCAGACUUUUAUCCCAAUGGAGGUUUUGUACAACCGGGUUGCAGCGGCCCUGGUGGAUGCAGCCACUCUCGUGUCGUUGACUUUUACCUUGAAUCCAUUUCAUCAAAAGAAUUUAUUGCAACGAGUUGCGCAAGUUAUGAGGACUUUACUGAAGGAAAGUGCAGCUCUAACGAACAUGUUACUAUGGGAGAAUGGUCUCCACCCAGCACUUCUGGGGUGUUUUAUUUAAACACUAAUGCAGAAUCUCCAUUCGCUCAGGGACAAACUGAACUCUGAAGGGAAUCGCAAGACUAGAGAUGACUUUAUAACUACAUAUGCAUGUUUAAUGUUUCCAUUUGUAUAUUUAA